CAGUGUUGUUUAGUUUGCAGACCCAGCUUUUAGCUGAUAAUGCCUGAACCAGCCAAAUCCGCCCCUGCUCCUAAGAAAGGCUCCAAGAAGGCUGUCACUAAAGCACAGAAGAAAGAUGGUAAGAAGCGGAAACGCAGCCGCAAGGAGAGCUAUUCUGUGUAUGUUUACAAAGUACUGAAACAAGUCCAUCCAGACACCGGCAUCUCGUCUAAAGCUAUGGGUAUUAUGAACUCCUUUGUCAACGACAUCUUCGAGCGCAUAGCAGGUGAAGCUUCUCGCCUUGCUCAUUACAACAAGCGUUCAACUAUUACUUCUAGGGAGAUCCAGACUGCCGUACGCUUGCUGCUUCCUGGAGAGCUAGCCAAACAUGCCGUGUCUGAGGGUACCAAGGCUGUCACCAAGUACACUAGUUCCAAGUAAUUUCAGUGCCUGUCGUCU